AAAAAGCGAGAAAAACCCAAACGCAUUCCAAAGCUCACCAGGGUGGCCAAGUUCGGAGCUAAGCACCCCUGAUCCAUUCUAGGGUUUCGGCGAGGUCGCUGAAGGUUCUUUUCUCCGUUUUUCCGGUGGAAUCGCAGCUUUUCUUGCUGAUAGGGUUGGGGUCUGAGGGGUUUUUAGGUGGUGGUUUCUAGGGUUUGCUUUGGCGGUACGGAUAAGGGUUGGAGAGGCGUCGGUGUCGGGUUUUUAUUGGGGGAUUAGGUGGGUUUCUUUUGGGGUUUCGGGGUUGAUUGCAAACGCGUUGUGGUGGGGAUUUGGUGAUUGUGAUGAGGAUGAUUGAGGGGAAGUAGGAGGGGUGGGGUUAGAGUGGAAGAUGUUAAGGAGGCGGCGUGCGGGAUGCCAAGCUUCGUCAACUCUUUGCCUGCGGCUCAUGCAAUUGACCCAGAAGAAAACAAUAUGCACCCUUCUAGAGCUUCUGACUUUGGAGUGCUUCAACAGACCAUUGGAUUUCGUGUAGAGGAUGCAGCUAUACUAAAUCAAGGCACUGUGAUUGAUCCAAAAUCUGAUAGUCAGGCUGGUCCUAGUGACACUCUUCAAUUUGGUGCUUAUAGUAAGCCUCUUGCUCCAACGGAUAUUGCUUCUCUAGUGUCUACAGUUAGGCCUUUGACAUUGCCACAACAAAGGGGGCAACAACCUAAUCUGGCAUCAGUGUCUAGUGGCCACUUUGAUAACUGGGGUGACUCGACCAUGGCUGAUACGAGCCCCAGAACUGAUACUUCAACGGAUGUGGACCAUGAUGACAAAAAUCAAAGGUUUGAUCAAGGGCAACCAGUAGCUGUUGUCCCUUCUGAUUCAAGUGAUCGAUCAAAGGAGAAGACUGGGGAUCAGAAAACACUUCGUCGGCUGGCUCAAAAUCGUGAGGCUGCUCGGAAAAGUCGCUUGAGGAAAAAGUAUGUUGACUGCAUUUUUUCCUUGGAUGGACUGUGGUUUUGUACCCCUGAUACAAGUGUUUUCCAUCAUCUUUGGAUUAUUACAGGAAUGGCGUAUGUGCAACAACUUGAGAGUAGCAGGCUGAAGCUUACCCAGCUAGAACAGGAGCUCCAAAGAGCUCGGCAGCAGGGCAUUUUUAUUUCUAGUUCAGGAGACCAGGCCCAUUCCAUGAGUGGAAAUGGGGCAAUGACCUUUGACAUAGAGUAUGCGCGAUGGCUGGAUGAACAUAAUAGGCAGAUAAGUGAGUUAAGAUCUGCAGUCAACUCUCAUGCAAGUGACAAUGAUCUCCGUUCCAUUGUUGAUGGAAUCAUGGCACACUAUGAUGACAUCUUUAAACUGAAAAGUGCUGCUGCCAAGGCUGAUGUCUUCCAUUUGUUAUCUGGCAUGUGGAAGACACCAGCAGAAAGGUGUUUUCUAUGGCUCGGAGGCUUCCGGUCAUCUGAGCUUCUUAAGCUACUUACUCGUCAGCUGGAGCCUCUCACAGAGCAGCAGUUGGCCGGGAUUUGCAACCUUCAGCAGUCGUCACAACAAGCAGAAGAUGCACUUUCACAAGGAAUGGAAGCAUUGCAACAGUCAUUGGCAGAAACUUUGGCUGGGUCUCUUGGGCCGUCAGGGUCUUCAGGAAAUGUUGCUAAUUACAUGGGUCAGAUGGCAAUGGCGAUGGGAAAGCUGGGGACCCUUGAAAAUUUUAUCCGCCAGGCUGACAAUCUUCGGCAGCAAACCCUGCAACAAAUGCACCGGAUAUUGACAACACGCCAGUCUGCACGUGCGCUUCUUGCUAUAAAUGAUUAUUUCUCAAGAUUACGGGCCUUGAGUUCUCUCUGGCUUGCUCGGCCGAAGGAAUGAAGGUGGCAGCAAACUAAUUCAUAGAGGUCUUGUUGGCCAUAACAAGCUGUUAGUUUGACUAGUGGAUGCAAUUUAUGAAUGAGGCUUGACCUGGAGAAUUCAGCUCACUGGUGGGUCUAAUGUAUCUUGUACACAUCUCUAUCUAUGAUAGGGUCUCAAACAUCUCAUGUUGUACCAUUCUGUGUAUGUUGAGUUACAGUGUAUUUCAACUAUAUUAAUGACCCAGGUUUUAUUGUUUGCA